AUGAGAGCUGCUUUUCCCGCGAGGGCGCAAGCAUCGUCUUUGCGUUCUCUGAGCAGUGGCGCCCGAUUGACUUGCAGGAAUCCCUUCUUUCAGCAACGAUGCGCCUCCACAGCGCUCCUUCGCCCCUCUACCCGCAUAUCCACCCCACACUUCAAAACAUGGCAGUCGAGAAGGCACCAAUCCGGUGCGGCGGCCGCAGUACUCGAGCAAGCUGCCGACCCCUCCAUGCUCGCCCAAGAAACCAUCAUCGACAACCUCGACCCCCAAGAAGCCUACCGGUUGUCUAGAGUACGGAACAUUGGCAUUGCGGCCCAUAUUGACAGCGGCAAGACGACAGCGACCGAGCGCGUGCUCUUUUACACGGGCAGGAUAAAGUCAAUACACGAAGUGCGUGGCAAAGAUGCCGUGGGGGCGAAGAUGGACUCCAUGGACCUGGAGAGGGAGAAGGGUAUCACGAUCCAGUCUGCCGCGACAUUCUGCGACUGGGUCAAGCAAGAGAAUGGAAAGGAGGAAAAGUACCACAUCAACUUGAUUGACACGCCUGGCCACAUUGACUUCACCAUUGAAGUGGAGAGGGCGCUGCGGGUGCUUGAUGGGGCUGUCAUGAUUCUCUGCGCCGUGUCGGGCGUGCAGUCGCAGACAAUCACCGUCGAUAGGCAAAUGAGGAGGUACAAUGUGCCUAGGAUAUCUUUUGUCAACAAGAUGGACCGAAUGGGAGCGAACCCUUUCAAGGCGAUCGACCAGAUCAACUCGAAGCUGCGCAUACCGGCUGCCGCGCUCCAAGUGCCCAUUGGGAGCGAAGACAGCUUUCAGGGCGUUGUGGACCUGGUCAGGAUGAAGGCGAUCUACAACGAAGGCGCGAAAGGCGAGAUAAUACGUGAGAGCGACGAAAUACCGCCGCAGGUCCAGGCGCUCGCGAAGGAGAGAAGGGCGAAGCUGAUUGAGACGCUGGCGGACGUGGACGAAGAGAUGGCCGACCUCUUCCUGGAAGGCGUGGAGCCUACCAUCGAGCAGAUCAAGGCCGCGAUACGGAGAGCGACCAUCUCGCUCAACUUCACACCCGUCCUGAUGGGCUCAGCGCUCGCGGAUAAGUCUGUGCAACCAAUGCUGGAUGCAGUCUGCGACUACCUACCCAAUCCUUCAGAAGUAGAGAACCUGGCGCUCGACAGGCGAAGGGCUGAGGCGCCGGUCAAGCUGGUUUCGUACAACUCACUGCCUUUUGUCGGUCUAGCUUUCAAGCUCGAAGAAAGCAACUUUGGCCAGUUGACCUACAUUCGAGUGUAUCAGGGCACACUGAGGAAGGGCAUGACCGUGUUCAAUGCGAAGACGGAUAAGAAAGUCAAGGUUCCGCGUAUCGUGCGAAUGCACUCGAACGAGAUGGAAGAAGUACCCGAGAUUGGCGCAGGAGAAAUUUGCGCUGUCUUCGGGGUCGACUGCUCGUCGGGUGACACGUUCACGGACGGGCAGAUGGGCUACACGAUGACCUCCAUGUUCGUCCCCGAACCCGUCAUUUCCCUCUCGAUCAAGCCCAAGCACACAAAAGACACUGCCAACUUCAGCAAAGCGAUGAACCGCUUUCAGCGCGAAGACCCAACCUUCCGCGUGCACGUCGACCCCGAAUCCGAACAAACCAUCAUCUCCGGCAUGGGCGAGCUGCACCUGGACAUCUACGUCGAGCGCAUGCGGCGCGAGUACAAGGUCGACUGCGAGACGGGCCAGCCCCAAGUCGCCUACCGCGAGACCGUCACCCAGCGCGUCCCCUUCGAUCAUCUGCUGAAGAAGCAGACAGGCGGCGCGGGCGACUAUGCGCGGGUAGUCGGCUGGAUGGAGCCGACGGGAGCGCUGCAAGACAACAAGUUCGAGGAGCGCAUUGUCGGUGGCACCAUCAGCGAGAAGUAUCUCUUUGCGUGCGAGAAGGGAUUCCAUGCCUCGUGCGACAAGGGGCCGCUGCUUGGCCACCGCGUUCUGGGGACCAGCAUGGUGAUCAACGACGGCGCGACGCACAUGACGGACUCGUCCGAGAUGGCGUUCAGGAACGCGACGCAGCAGGCGUUUAGGAAGUCGUUCAUGGCGGGGAAGCCGCAGGUGCUGGAGCCCCUGAUGAAGACGACGAUCACGGCGCCGAAUGAGUUCCAGGGGAACAUUGUGGGCUUGCUGAAUAAGAGGAAUGCGACGAUCCAUGAUACGGAGAUUGGGCCGGAGGACUUCACGCUGUAUGCGGAUUGCAGCUUGAAUAGCAUGUUUGGGUUCAGCACGCAGUUGAGGGCUGCGACGCAGGGGAAGGGCGAGUUUUCGAUGGAGUUUAGUCACUAUAACCCUGCGCCGCCGCAGUUACAGAGGGAGCUUGUAGCGAAGUAUGAGAAGGCGCAGGCGGAUAGGAAUAAGAAGUGA